GUUAAGUGACACUAGUGUUAAAAAAAACAAAAAGAUCGAGGCGAAAAUACUGCAACUUGGAACUUUUUUAUUAUUAUUUGGUGUUUAUUUGGUUUUUGUGGUGAUAAACAGACAAAAAUUUACGCAAGAGAAUCGUGACGCUAAUGCUCACGAGUUUUGUCAGAAAUCAUAAAGAUGGGCUUUGAAAUCAAAAGGUUUCAAGGUGACGUCGACGAAGAACUUAUUUGCCCUAUUUGUUCAGGGGUUCUUGAGGAUCCUUUGCAGGCGCCUACUUGCGAGCAUGCUUUUUGUCGUGCGUGCAUCACAGAGUGGAUAAGUCGCCAGCCAACCUGCCCCGUGGACCGGCAGGCGGUGACCGCGAGUCAGUUGCGGCCGGUUCCUCGCAUCCUGCGCAACCUGCUCUCCAGAUUAUGCACAAGUUGUGACAACGCUCCCCAUGGCUGCAAUGCUGUACUGAAACUUGACUCUCUAGCUUCUCAUUUAGUGGAAUGUGAAUUUAACCCGAAGAGACCGAUGCCCUGUGAAGCAGGGUGUGGACUAGUGAUACCUAAAGAUGAGCUAGCGGAACACAACUGCGUGCGGGAGUUGCGCGCGCUCAUCGCCACGCAGCAGGGGAAGUUGACCGAGUACCAACAAGAACUGACGGAGCAGCGAAUCAUUAUCAACGAACACAAACGGGAAUUGGCGUUGCUCAAGGAGUUCAUGCGAGCGAUGCGCGUGUCGAACCCGACGAUGCGCGCGCUGGCGGACCAGAUGGAGCGCGACGAGGUGGUCCGCUGGGCCAACUCGCUCGCGCGAGCACGCGUCACGCGCUGGGGCGGCAUGAUCUCUACUCCCGACGACGUUCUACAGAUGAUGAUCAAGCGAAGUCUAUCAGAGUCCGGGUGCCCGCCGCACAUAAUUGAUGACCUCAUGGAGAACUGCCACGAAAGAAGAUGGCCGCCGGGGCUAUCAUCACUUGAAACCAGACAGAAUAAUAGAAGAUUAUACGAGAAGUACGUGUGUAAACGCGUGCCGGGAAAGCAGGCAGUAUUGGUGCUACAGUGUGACAAUUCUCAUGUGGACGACCAUAUGAUGGUAGAGCCGGGACUUGUCAUGAUCUUCGCUCACGGGAUUGAGUAGACUGUGUAUUUGGGUAUAAAUGGUUUGAUAAGGCGGAAUGUCUGAAUGUAUUUUUUAAACCUGAAAGCGUGCAUCAGUGGCGGCCCUAGCAAAAUAUGUCGUGGUUCCCUGUAGCAAUAACACACCCUGGACACUUCCUACAAAAAACUUAGUUUUACACAGACACUACACAUUGACGAUAUCGUACACGCGUAUCUGCGAGUUACGUAUGUCGUCCAUACUAGAGUAAGACCGAGAGGGGGUGAGGUAAACCUAGCUCAGCCGCUGGUGGGGAGCGGAGAGUUGCCAUUGUAUACAUAGUAUUAUUCUUUAUUCUAUGGCAAUAGUGUAAUUAAAACCAAAUGAAUUUCUAUACUAUUUUUUAUUUGUUUAUGCUUGAAAGCUUCAGGUUUUAUUAGCUCUCUAAAUGAAAUGAUCUCUAGACAAAAACUUAUGAAAUAUUAUAAGAGAUAUAGAAAAUUAAAUACUCUGAACUAUGCACUAUUUAAAGGGUAGAAUUUCCGAAACUUAUAUAAAAAACGGUGACGUCGUCAAUAAACGUGGCCAAGCCUCGUAGUCAGUCAUUGUUCGUAAUUCUUAAUUCAAAUUCGAACACAAGUCAAAACGAAAAAUAUUUUUUUUGUUUUGGUUUUCCCCGAAGGGCAAGGCAAAAGGAACUAUGCCCAUACAGCCAUGUCUUACGUAUUUUUAAUUCUUGAUGAUUAUUAAUGAAAUGAUGAAAUGUGAUGACGAUGAAUGAUGAAACAUAAGCCCCCACCCUCAGAGUAGACUUCUACUCCGAACCCCAAACGAAUUAACUAAAAGUCCGCAUAAACUUGCGAGUUAUGAAGCGGCUUGUUUGCACGAAAAUAGAUAGGUACAGUUUGUUUAUUGAAUAUUCCGAUAUAAUAACACUAUCGCGAAUGUUUUCCGACUAACUUAAUGCGAUCAUUAACCACAAAACACCACUUCGUAUUAAUUAUUUAGAUUAUUCAAUGAAGAAAACAACUGUCUCAUUCCCGUUCCCGCCAAAAAGCCUCUCAAAACGAAAAAGGAGGUUGAAUUUCGAUCUUCAUUUUAUAUCAUCUGAGUAGCGUUCCACAAUUUUUCUAUGACCCAGUCAUCUAAAAGGAAAGAAUGCACAAAGAAAAAUAAUGUACUCGUCAUCCGCCUUAUCAAAACAGGAAUAUGACUCGAUCAUGUACGACUGCUAUUCUUUGGUUUAGGCACGAAUUUAGCUCUAUGUGCCAGUUAUGGCAUUGUUUCACGUCAUACAUUGGUGCUGAUUCCAGUACACUCCAUCUAAUUUUAAGUUAUACCUGUAUUUUUUCUUAUCCGCCGAAAAGGAAAGGGACGCGUAAUCGACAAGCAUAAAAUUAAUGGAACACACGUCAAUUUUAGGCAGAAAUUUAAAAGCCCUCCCAAAAUGUUACAUUGGCCAAUUUAAAGUUGACAGCACACGUCAAGCGUGUUGCAUAUCAGCGAGAUGCGUAUUUUAUUUGCCAGGGUUAUUCGUUCAUUCACUCAUUCAUUUCAAAAUUAAAAGUUCUCAAUCAUCCGUCCCUUUCCCUUUCGGUGGGUAAGAAAAUGACGGGUAUAACUUAAAAUAAAAUUAGAAGGUGUCCUCAGGAAUGGGGGCCAUUGUAACUCUUACGCUUUUGAUACAAAGUCCUAAGAUUGAUAUAAUGAACCCAAUAGAUGAUGAGCCCAUCGCAAAGGUCGAAGCGAUAGACGAUUCGUGCUUACACCACUGAUCACGUGGUCAAACGAAUAACCCACUGCUAGGGUAGGUAAGGACUGAAUUUAAAAUAAAAUAUGUGUUUGUUCGUAAUUAAUUAAUUAUGAUAAUUGGAGAGGCUUUGUUCAGUAUUGAAGGUGGAAUCGAUGCAUUUUUAUGUCACCAGAUAACAUGGAAACAUUCUUACCGUACGCCACUUUACGGACGGAAUUGCGAGCGAGACAGACAAUCAGCCCACUACUUAACAAUUUUAGUAUUUUUCUAUAAUAUAUGUUAUGUAAUAAUAUUAUGUUACAAAGACCAUGGUAUAAUAAAACAAGGUAUGCUCAAUCCUAUAAGGCAGCCAUUGCUGCCCGUUAGAUGACGUAAGUGUUACCAUUUAAUUGGUAUCUCCAACAUUCUAAGACUUAAAUUUUAUAAUUAAAAAUUAGCGAAUUACUGACUAACGUACUUAAUGACUAUCACUUGUCACAUAUAUAAAAGUCAUUAAAACUGUAAGUAAUCCUUUUACUAAAAGUUCGAAAUUGCGUUGCAAAAACAUUAGACGUGGGUAAUUUAUUUUUUACAAAAUGGCAACGAAGAGUGAGAUGACGUCAGCGCGGCUAACCUUGAAAUAUUAGCUGUCACUUUUGUGCACACCUGGUUUUGUUGUACGAUGACAAAGACUAAGCCUGCUUCUAAUAAUUAAAGAAGAAAGCUUUCCAAUUUCGUUUUACAACACAUAACAGAGUAUCACGCAUGUAUCCUUAAAGGAGUAAGCAGAGCUGUCUUUCUUAUUGUUUGAAUUUUAACAACAUUCUCUGUUGUCUUGUGACAUGAAAAGCAUUUUAUUAAUCCAAAAUGGUAAUCGGUGAUUAGGUGUAAAUACCUAUAGUAUUGCUAGAAGAUGAAAUGGCUCCUUUUGUACAAGAAUUUAUGAACAUUGUUUGAUAUAGCAUGUAUUAAAAAGUAUUAUAAGUGUGAAAGGUUUGUUUUUAUAGUAUUAUGUAAUUUGUAAAAUUGGAAGAUGACAUUCCCAAAUUAUUUUAGAUAGAAAUAUAAUUUGUAUCGGAUGACGUUUAAUUUAUGAGUGAAAUUGAUUCAAAAUGAAACCUAGGUAUUUUGCCAGUAAAAUAGACAAAAUCUAAUGUAGUUCUAGCAAGUUUUUAACUGUUACUUUAGUGAUUGAGUGCUGUGUUAUGUUAAUAAUAUUGUGUAAUUGUUUUUAUGCAUUAUGUUAAAAUCCACGUUGUUUCCAGAAGAUUGAUUAAAUUUUAAUUAAGUAAUUUCUUACGAAAAUUAAUGUUUUUAAUUAAAUACAAAUAUAUAGCUCAAUCUCAGAUAAAUUUAAUAAAUCACAAUUUUUAAA